AUGAGAGGAUCCAGUAUUGAAAUUUCUAGCUACGUAACGUUAGUGCACUACGUAGUGAGCAGGAAGCUGUUUGAGAUUCAGCCCCAGCGCGAGAAGAGGUGCGGCGCUGGUUUGGUGCUAAAUAAGAUUCGUGGUGGUGGAAGAUUCGGGUGGCCCCCAGGGACGCCAACCAGAUUUCAAGUGCAUGACAAACAGAAUCCAUAUGAAGAAUUCAGGAUAGUUCUUUUGGGAAAGACUGGAGUUGGGAAAAGUGCUGCUGGAAACACCAUCCUGGGAGAAGAAGCCUUUAAUUGUGACAUAUCAGCAUCAUCCGUGACGGACGCUUGCUGUAAGGUCACCAAGGAUGUGAACGGAAAGAAAGUCACUGUUAUUGACACGCCAGGCCUUUUUGACACAAGUUUUACCUUAGAGGAGACGGUCAAUAGGAUCAAGCUUUGCUUCCCUCUCUCUGCCCCUGGCCCACACGCCUUCCUGAUGGUGGUGCAGCCAGGCAGGUUCACUCAGGAAGACUGCAAGACCGUUGAGAUUUUUCUGAAGAUCUUUGGGGAAGAAGCCAGCAGACACACUUUGGUUCUCUUCACCCAUGGAGACAAGCUUAGGGAGAGGAGCAUUCAUGAAUUUGUUGGUUGCAGCCCAGACCUGGAGACAUUCUUCAACAAAAGCAACCAACGAUACCAUGUUCUCAACAAUGAGCUGAAGGAUUCCACUCAGGUAGACCAGCUUCUGGAGAAGAUUGAAAACAUGGUGUCUGAGAAUGGAGGAAGCUAUUAUACCAACGGAAUGCUCCAGAAGGCAGAGCGAGCGAUUGAAGAAGAGAAAAGACGGAUCCUGAAGGAAAAUGAAGUGAGCAGACAGUUGGAGGCACUGAAGCUAGAAGUCCAAGAAGUUAGGAAGGAGCUGUGGGAAAGACGAGAGAAAGAAGCAAGAGAGCAAGCAGAGAAGAAUAACAACUAUAUAAUCAUAAUUACACAGAUUUUGUGGGAUAUUCUUGAGAAAUACAUCACAAAGAAGUAAUAAAGGACGUUUUUGAAUAUGCUUUGCUUGUGUAUA